AUGGCGCCUAAGGAAGACCCCAUCAUUUCCACAUCGCCCGUCGACCACAACACAGCCCAUCCCUCGCAUCCUAAACCCAAACCAUGGUCCCGCUCCUUCUACCCCGGCACCCUCCUCUUCAGCAUCGCAACCUUCAUCCUCCCAGCCCGUUACGGAACUCUCAGCAAGCUCUGGGUCGCCUCCAUCGACUCCUCUCUCGUCGUCACAACCGAUGCAUACACCUACAUUGGCGUCGUGACGGAAGUCCUCAAUGAAGGACUACCCCGUGCGACUUGGGUCAUCAUCGGUGAUAAGACGAAUCGCUCCCUCGCUUCGCGGCAUGGACUUUCCUACACCUUGAUCUUGGUCCAGGCGAUACUGAGGUUGAUCAUGAGUAUCGUCUUCGCCGCAGCAGCGCGGCAGUUUGCGAGCGUGUUCGUGCCUGAGGAAGUAAGGGAGGCGAGUUUGACGUAUGUCAGGAUCUCGGCGUUCUCAGCUCUGGCGAGCGCGGUUGAGGUGGCAGUAGCGAGUGCAACGAGGGCGUUGGAUCAGCCUGAUGUGCCGCUUGUCAUCAGCUCGGUCAAGUUCACUGUCAACAUCGUGCUGGAUAUGAUUGUCAUCUCGAAGUUCCACGUACCUGGCGUCACACCAACCGUCAAUACGCAAGCAGCGACACAGCUAGCUUGCAAUCUUGUCGCAGCAUUUGUCGGCCUGGCCUACCUCCUCUGGACCACGACACGGCGUCGACGCCGCGAAGAAGCUUCUCGUGCAGAUGAAGAUGCAGAAUCUGUGAGACCUUCCUGGAAGGCCCUGAAAAUCCUAGCACGACCCGGUUCCUUCACCUUCACAGAAUCCGCCAUCCGCAACGCCCUCUACCUCUGGCCCGUCAGCAGCAUCGUCGCCAUGGGCUCCGACUACGCCACAGCCUGGGGCGUCUUCAACACAAUCCGCUGGGGUCUCAUCAUGGUCCCCGUCCAAGCCCUCGAAUCUACAUCCCUAGCCUUCGUCAGCCACGCCUGGGGAGCAUGGCGAGCAGAGAAGGGUGUGCAGGAUCGUCGACCGAGGGCAACGCGCCGUCAACUCAUCACUAUCGCUCAACCAGCAUUGCUGUCCUGUGGGAUCGCGCUUCUGGUUGAAGUCCCGAUCUGUCUCUUCCUCUCCUUCUACGGAGCGAGGCGGUUCGCGUUCUACAUCUCAGCCUCAGCAUCCGUCGCAGUAAUCGUCGAGAAAAUGUGGAAGACGAUUGAUUGGUGCUACAUUUUCUACGCCCUAUCAACUCAACUUGCCACAAUCCACAAAGAGUCGAUGAGGUACAUGUGUUCGAGAAGAGCUCUUCUUGAUAGAGAGACGAUCCAACAAGGUAAUGACAGGACGUUGCUGUUAGGAGGUCUCCUCCACGAGAGGGUAGUAGCAGGAACAGGUGCGAUGAUUCGUAUAGCCAUUCAUGAUAUGUCGAUUGAUUGA